GAUUCUCUAAGAGGCGUUGCCGCACUAGAAGCGAGUAGACUUUUUAACUCCACACCCAAGCAAUAUUUCAUACAAACGCAUUUGCAGGCACCUACAGUGAACUUCUUAUCAAUUUAGCCGGAAUCUUUCAUUAUGGCAAACUACAUUCAUGUACCCGACGAGGCGCCCGCUGUACCCAAAAUAGAUGUCACAUUAGACGAGAACGAUUACAGAUCUGGUGCAUUGAGACUGAUCAAGGAACUGAGACCGUUCUGGAAACCAUCCGAGGUCAAAAUGAAGUUCUUCACAGAUGGAAUCACCAAUAAGUUGCUGGGCUGCUACGUGGGCGGGGUCAUGCAGGAUGUGGUCCUGGUCCGUAUCUAUGGCAACAAGACAGAGCUGUUUGUGGACCGGGAGAACGAGGUGAAGAGUUUCAGGACGCUCCACGCACACCGCUGCGCCCCACGUCUCUACUGUACCUUCAACAACGGCCUCUGCUAUGAGUUCCUACAGGGCCAGGCACUGGAACCUGAACACAUCCGCAGCCUGCCCACGUCCAGGCUCAUCGCGAGGCAGCUGGCUAAGUACCAUGCCAUCCAUGCUCACAACGGAUGGGUGCCCCAGUCAGACCUGUGGCUGACAAUGGGCAAGUACUUCGCCCUGGUGCCCAAGUUCUUCCAAGACCCAGAGAUGAACAUGAGGUUAAACAGUGAGGUGCCUAGUCGAAGGCGACUGAGAGAGGAGAUGGUGUGGAUGCAGCAGAGUCUGUCUGUGCUGGGCUCUCCUGUAGUCCUCUGCCACAAUGACCUGCUGUGUAAGAACAUAAUCUAUAAUCAGCAAGGAGAAAAUGUAAAGUUCAUUGACUACGAAUACGCUGGGUACAAUUACCAAGCCUAUGACAUUGGGAACCACUUCAAUGAAUUUGCAGGUCUGAAUGAGGUGGACUACAGCCACUACCCAGAGCGGAGCUUGCAGCUGCAGUGGCUGCGCUCGUACCUGGAGGCCUAUAAGGAACACAAAGGUCAAGGGUCAGAGGUUACUGAGACAGAGGUGGAGGUGCUCUAUGUACAGGUCAACCGCUUCUCCCUGGCAUCUCAUUUCUUCUGGGGCCUGUGGGCUCUGAUUCAGGCAGAGUUUUCCACCAUUGAUUUUGACUUCCUGGGAUACGCAGUCCUUCGCUUCAGCCAGUACUUCAAGAUGAAGCCAGAGGUUGCAGCACUGAACUUUCCAGAAUAAAAGUCCUCCUCCCUACCUGGUCCUCAUGUCCACCGUAGAGUGCCCUCUAGGGGGUGUCGGAAAGAAGACCUGGAGAGAGCCCAGCCCACACUUCCUGUGGAUUUCAUUCGGCACUCACAAGAGACUCAUAGAACCCUAUGGGAACUUAUAGAACCCUUUUGAGAACUCAUAGCUGUUAGAAACCAUGAUUCGCCAUCCAUUAACACUCCACAGGGCCAAAUCCAUAGAGUCACUGCUACAGACAGUUCCCAACCUAGCUCUCUAUAGAAGCCUAGAACCAUGCACUUCUUCAUAAAGACUAAAGUCUUUAAGACCCAGUCCUCCAAAAUGUCCAAAUAUGCAAGAAAAAAUGAAGAAAUCUAUCAUGGCUAUUUUUGUUAAGAACAACCAAAUGAAAACAGUGCCAUGUAAAAUAUGGUGAAUUCAGUGUGAAAUUCCAGUAGCAUCUCUCACCCCAGUCUGUGCCCGCCCAUAGGGGUAGCUCACAACAGGGGCGACCUGGACCAACUCUGUAACUUGUCUCCUGUGUUGUGCUGCUGACUGACUGAAUAUUAGUGUGUGUGGGCUCACUCAGAGCCAUUCAUAUUGGAUAUAUACAUCUCUUGUCUGGGCUCACUGGUCCACUGAUUAUUUAGUCACCAGUAUAUCUGUUGGUUUAAUGGUAGGCUAUAUAAUAAGUUACCAAUAUGUGUUGGUGCACUUGUGGUAGUCACCAAUAUAUAUUUGUUGGUCGAUUGGUUAGAUUACUUAGGUAGUGUCUCCUAGGUAAUUCAUUCUGUUCCCCUGUGUGAAACUACGUCCACUUCCCUAGCGUAACUAGGCUGUAGUUUGAUUCAUGGGAAAGGUGUCAUCAUGACGACGGCCAGAACUAUUUCCUGACCAUUUUCUGGAAAAACUCUGACCAGGAGAAACUCUGGGCCUGGGGCCUUGUGGUCAGGAAACCCUCCAAGCCCUAGUCAUGACAGCGCUAUGUUCACUGUAUAAAGUUUUAUCAUGUAACCUCAUGGGGCAAUUGCAUUUGGCUAGACUCGACCUAGUCCUGGACUAAAAUACAGGCACUUUCAAUGGAGAGUUGAUGUUCAAUGGAGUUACCAUUGAAAGUCAUUUUUAGUCAAGAAGUAUAGGCUUAAGCUGGUUUAGUGUUGCCUGGAUACCCAUCCACAUCGCUCCGGCCAACUGACGUUUCUUCUCAAUGAUGAGUCUGGAUUUGCCUCCCUCGCUGAUGAUUUCUAGAAUGCGAACACAUUCUGACCGAUCUGAUUGGUCCCAGAAACUGAUGGGUUGGGCCAGAGCCGGCCUACAUGGAUGACGUUAUCAACUUUGAAACUCUGGUUAGAUUUUUUUUUUAUACUAUCCAAUCGCUGAUUAAUUUGUUUUGUAAAACGCCCCUCAUUUUGAAGUCACACAAACAACUUCUAGAAUGGCAGUUUCAGACUGAAUGUAUGUAGCGAUUGCUAGAGCAGCGUAAUUACAUUCAGGGUGAGUUGUCUGACAAGGUUUAGUGCACCUGCCAGUGAGACAACUGAGAGUAAGACCGAUGAUUGGAGGACCAACGGCUUUGGUAGUGAGUGUCUUUGAAAGACUUCUCUUUAUCUGAAAGAGUCUCUCUGUAACAGUAUAGUUCUUCAUCUGUUUAUAAAGUAUGCGCUGCUUGGUUCCAUGUUCUUUACGACAAAAAGUUCAUCUAAUAGGUCAAAACCAACCUACACCAAAGUGCUGAUAUUUUUUGCUCGUACAUAAUUGCACAUUGUAUUUUUCAGUUUAGAAAUAAUAAUAUUGAUGUAUAAUAUUUACUUUUUAAAAAGUGCAGUUUUUAUACCUAUUUAAGUGAUGAACUGUUUUCUGACUGGGAGGUCUUGGAGAGUAUGUUAGGAGUGUGUUUAAAACAGCUUCAACGUUAGUCAGGGCUGGUCUGUGCGGUCACUGUACAGACGCCUGGAUGAAGAGACCACUUGAUAGGCUGCUGAAAUGGCACCAUAUUCCCUACAUAGUGCACUACUUUAUAGGGCUCUGGUCAAAAAUAGUCCAGUGUACAGAGAAUAGGGUGCCAUUUCAGAUGCAGCCAUAGACUGUAUUUUCCAUUCAUACUCCACACCCCCAUGCCCAACGGUAUCAGUCUGCAGACUUGCAGCUGGGUCCUAUGGGGUGCUAGCACCUUUUGAGAACCGUAUUUCAGGAACCGGCUGCGAGUCUGCAGACCGACACCUCUCCCCAUACCCUACUGUUGCUCCUGACCUGUGUAGGCAUCUGCAUGUUAACUUAACCCCAUCUACUGUAGCAAAGAAACAACAAACUGGGAAGUCAGCCAGGGACUACGGUAUAUGCCUGUCUUAACUCCGUUCGCUUUUUGUUUUGAGCUUGCCUUUCUUUUGAUGUGGUUUUAUUUAAUGGUAAUCAACAUGUCUGGGUCUAUGACUGCAAUGUCUGAGCUGGUAGGUCUAUCUUCCUUUCCUGGGAAAUGGAGGACGGGUAAGAAAUCGGUUGUUGUUGAUCAGAUCCUAACUUGAGAGAUGUUGCGCACUAAGUUACUCAAGUUUUGUGAAAGUUCUCUUGACAUCAGUGCAUGGAUUUAUGAAAUGGUUUGUCUGAAGUUAUGGUUGCGUCCUUUAGAAUCAUGAAUUAUGUUUGUGUGGUGUUCUCUUUUCUGCUGACCAUGUCAUGUUUUUAACCACACAGGGUCCACAAAUAGUACUGACAUACUGUCAAAUUGUACAGCUGUAGCGUACAUGUGUCCGCUAUGUUAAAAAGGAAUUAUGAAAACACUCUGUAACGCAAGUCUGUUUCCCUGUUGAGUUUCAUUCUAAAAUUAACACAAGACCACUGUAAAAAGCGACAACACUUUCAGCUUACUCGAUACUGGUCUGCUUCUCUAAAACGUGUAUAAAUGCGCUUUAUUUCUUCUCUGACAUUUGUAGCAUAUGUGUAUAUGUACAUUUCAAAAUCAAAUGUAUUAUCUUUGCUUGAACUGUCAAAUGUGAAUGACUGUACAUAGAGGCAGUUUUUUUUCUAAACAUUGCUCUAACAUCAAAAAGUAGUCUUUGUUUAACUGUGAAAUCUAACUUUUGAAUACUGUACACAAGUUUAUUGAAAGGAGAUUAAAGUCUAUUACCCAA